AUGCCAACCAGCAGCGGAAUGGAUUCGGCCAUCACCGUCCUCCAGAAGCACAAUCUGGAGGAGUUCCUCAAAGUCAUACGGAACUUUAAGAAGGAUGCUAAGACUCGACAUAGCGAGCUUUACUUCCAAACGAAAUUGGAAGUACUCAAUCGAAAAUGGAAGUCAUGCGAAGACAACCAUUUCUCAGCCAAACAGAACUUGGCUCAAACUAAGGAGCUUCUGCAGAAGUAUCUGACGGAAUACGACGAAGCCGAGGCCGAAUACGAAGUGUACAGCAUCAAAUUCGCGGAAAGGCUGUCAGAGUUCAGGAAGCGAGCGGGACACACCAACGACUCAGCCGAUGGAACCUUACAAUCAGUAGAACCAGAUGCGGUCAGACUGGAGCGGAUUAAGGUUCCAACGUUCGAUGGAACUUGGUCAGCUUGGGUUUCGUUCAGAGACCUCUUCAAAUCCCUUGUCCACGACAACGGGAGACUGUCUGGGGUGCAGAAGCUACAGUAUCUUCGGGCAUCAGUAAAGGGAGAAGCGUCUCAGCAAAUUAGGCAUCUUAAUAUGUCGGAUGCCAAUUAUUUCGCAGCUUGGGAUCUCUUGGCGAAGAGAUACGACAACAAGCGCAUUAUUGCACAGUCACUUUUGGCCCAGUUUUGGAACAUGAAAACUGUGGUAAACGCCGAAGGCAUCAAAAUAAUGAUUGAUACGACCAACGAGCUGAUCACGAAUUUCCAAGACUUGGAGGUUGACCCAUUCGACGCAGUCAUGAUAUUCAUUCUGCAGAAGAAGCUUGAUCCAGAAUCCAGAGCAGAAUGGCAACGGAAAAUUGGUGCGACAGCGGACGUACCUAAGUUAGAGGCAUUCCUAGAAUUCCUAGAAACCCAGUGUCACAUCAUUGAAGAAGUUAACAGGUGCUCCUCCUCUAAGAAGUCCAAGAAAGUGGGGAUCCAUACUGUUACCCAUAACGAAUACGAAAAGUGCACAUUGUGUAAAUCAGACCACAGUCUAUACAAGUGCCCGACGUUCCAAGGCUACACCAUAGACAAGCGAAGAGAAGUUGUUAAAGCAAGCAACUUGUGCUUCAACUGCAUGCGUGCGCAUCGAGUGUACGAAUGCACAUCAAAGGCAGCUUGUAAAACUUGCGGAAAGAAACACCAUUCUAUGCUGCAUCCUACCACUACGGACAAGUCUGAAGCUCCGAAAAAGUCAAACCCGAAGCAUUCUGACCAGUCUCAGAGCAAUCUCGUGAAUCAGGAAAACAUGUGGACGGUGCUAUUGGCAACCGCAAUAAUUGAGCUGCGCAAUGUCAACGGCGACUUCAUCAAACUGCGUGCGCUAAUAGACCAAGGCUCCCAGAAUUCUUUCAUUACGGAAUACGCUGCAAAUUUAUUGGGGUUGAAACGAGAGCGUGCCUUAGUGAUCAUAUCCGGAAUUGGAAGUGCAACCAGGAAAUGUAGAGGACAAGUCCCAAUAACCAUGAAGGAAAAAUGGUCAAAUGGUGAAAUAGGUACCAUCGCAUUAAUCAUUGAUACUAUCACGAAACCUCUUCCUUCUGCGACGAUAAGCAAUGAUGGUCACAUUCGGUUGACCCCCGCAGACCUAGCUGAUCCAGAUUACAGAACUAAGGGCAGAAUCGAUGUUCUCCUUGGAGCAGACAUAUACGGGGAUAUUCUAUUGGACGAAAUUAUUCACGGAACCCCAACAGCCCAAAAAACGAAAAUCGGAUGGAUUCUCUCCGGUCCGAUGACAGCCUCACCAGGAGACAAUAUUAGUAUCAGUUUUGUAAAUACCAACGAUUUGGACAAAAGAUUUGAAAAAUUCUGGAUUCAGGAAGAGGUAGUUCCCAGAGAAAUGCUUAGUAAAGAAGAAGAAGAAUGUGAAGCGCACUAUCAAGCGACCACCAAACGAUUGGAAGAUGGACGAUUCGAAGUGCAGCUCCCACUCAAAGCUGACCCAAGGACAAACUUGGCACCAUCGAGUAAGGCUGCGAUUCUGAAGUACGAAGCGCACGAGAAGAGGAUGCUCAGAAACCCAAAAUUGCUUCGAGAGUACAACGAAUGCUUGCAAGAUUAUCUAGAUUGCGGGCACAUGAAGGAAAUACCAAAGAAUGAAAUGGGUUUACCGUCAUAUUAUCUACCACAUCAUGCAGUCAUCAAGGAAUCCAGCACAACGACUAAAGUGCGAGUGGUCUUCAAUGCAUCAGCAAAAACUGCAUCUGGGAAAUCCUUGAAUGACUUGUUGAUGAUAGGACCAACCAUACAAGAUUCGAUAAUCGCACUUCUUUUGCGAUGGCGUUUGUAUCCCGUCGUGCUAACAGCAGAUGUGGCAAAAAUGUACCGACAAAUACGAGUCCGAAGCAAGGAUGCAGAUCUCCAACGGAUCGUGUGGCGCCCAAACGAAGCAGAUGUAAUUCGUCAUUACCGGUUAAAGACAGUUACAUUCGGAACCGCAAGCGCCCCAUUCCAGGCCACCAGAACACUGCACCACUUGGCCAUGAACGAGCAAGAUCGAUUUCCGAAUGCAGCAGCAUACCUGCAAAGGGAUUUUUAUGUUGACGACUUAAUGACCGGAACAGACACUAUCGAGGAGGCGAUAAGCCUCUACACGGAAUUAACCCAUCUGCUUAGAAUGGGUGGGUUUGAUCUGCGCAAAUGGAACUCGAACCUAGACGAAGUGUUGGAAGCCAUACCAGAGCAUCACCGGGGAUCAGCACACCCACUUAAUUUCAACAAGGAAGAUCGCGUUAAGGCGUUGGGAUUGCAAUGGCAUCCUCAACGAGACAUGUUUAUGUUCAACAUUCAUGAAAGGUCUUCAUGCAAAAAUUAUGGCUUCUCGAAACUGGAAUGGGAUGAUAAGCUACCGCCAGAAUUAGCGCAAGAAUGGCAGACAUAUCAAGCGGAAAUUACAAAUCUCCGAGUUAUUGAAGUGCCAAGAUGGAUUGGGACUACCUCCAAGGACCGAAUCGAAUUACACGGAUUUUGUGACGCAUCGAGAACGGCUAUCGCUGCUGUGAUCUACAUUCGGAUCCUUAAGCAUUCGGAGGAGCCCAAGGCUAGACUACUAACGGCUAAAACGAAGGUAACACCGCUUGCUGUACAAACCAUACCACGACUUGAGCUCAAUAACGCAGUAUUGCUGGUCAAACUGAUGAAUCAAGUUAAGGCCUCAGUUGUCAGUUGGAUUGAUACUGCCACCCACCACUGGACAGACUCAACGAUUGUACUCUCUUGGUUAGCCGACCAUCCAGCUCGAUGGAAAACUUAUGUCGCAAAUCGAGAGAGUGAAAUUCAUGCAAGUAGCACACCGGAACAGUGGCAUCAUGUGGGGACGCACGAAAACCCUGCUGAUUGCGCUACACGGGGAUUGACCCCAGCACAGCUAAACGAAUUUGGGUUAUGGUGGAAUGGCCCAAAGAUUCUCACAUCCGAUACUGUUAGCUUCCCAACAAUGGAGUGCAUUGAACCCAUGGAGCUAGAGAAAAGAAACACCUUGCACACAUUACGAGCAGAAGAACAGGAUCUACUGAUCGAUAAAUUCUCCAACUAUACGAGGCUAAUCCGUGUAGUUGCAUACUGCAGACGGCUGUUGCCGAGUAGUAAUGGUUACCGAUCCUGUGGAUAUCUCACCGCGGAAGAACUGCGAACAGCCAGAACUGCGUGCAUUAAGAUAGCGCAAACUCGUUCGUUUUUACCCGAGAUCCAAAGAUUAAAGAAAGGGCAGUCGAUCGAUAGUAAAUCACGAAUCAUCCAAUUACGUCCAUUUAUUGAUUCCUGCGGUAUCCUCAGGGUGGGCGGAAGGCUACAGAAUGCCAACAACGUUAACAAACAUCCCAUUAUAUUGGAUGGUAAAUGCAAUUUCACUGAGAUCAUUGUGCGGCAUGCUGAUCAUAAAACUUUACACGGAACCUCACAACUAAUGUUAUCGACUCUACGGCAAGAAUAUUGGAUUUUAAACGCUCAGAAAAUGGUAAAACGAUGCAUCCAUAAAUGCAUCACCUGUUACAAAAGUAACGCGCAACCACAAGCUCAAUUGAUGGGAAGCUUACCAUCCUCCAGAGUGGUACUAAAUCGACCAUUUUGGGAAACCGGGUUGGAUUUUGCAGGACCAUUAAGGAUUAAAUGGUCAAACGGUCGAGGAGCAAAGACUGCCAAGUCGUACAUUGCGGUAUUCAUCUGCCUUGCGACGAAAGCUAUGCAUCUGGAGUUAGUCAGCGAUCUCACGUCAGCAGCAUGCAUAGCAGUGGUGAAACGAUUCGUGUCCAGAAGAGGAAAGUGUAAAGCCAUCUACAGCGAUUGUGGAACAAAUUUCAUAGCAGCUGGAAAGGAAAUAAGGACCAUGUUUCAAACUAUGACGCAAGAAACGCAAGCGUGGAUGGCGAAUGACCGCAUCGAGUGGCAUCACAUUCCACCAAGUAGUCCCCAUUUCGGUGGAUUAUGGGAGGCCGGAGUCAAAUCGGUGAAACGGCACCUCUUGAAAACCUUCGGAGAAUCCCUUCUAAACAUCGAAGAGAUGUACACCGCCCUUGCUCAAGUAGAAGCAUGCUUAAACAGCAGGCCUUUAGCACCAUUAAGUAGUGAUGCGAUCAACGAAGAUGCGCUCACUCCUGCACACUUUCUAAUCGGAAGUUCUAUGUUUGCAUUACCAGAUAAAACACCGGACAACGUCAAGGAACUACGACGGUGGCAGCUAACACAAAAAUUGUCAACCGAAUUCUGGAACCGAUGGCAUCAAGAAUACCUGUCCAGAUUACAGGAACGUCCAAAAUGGUUAAAGCCAAUCGCAAAUUUACAACCGGGCAUGCUGGUAUUGGUGAAAAGUGAAAAAACUCCUCCCACAAAGUGGCCGUUGGCACGAAUAAUCGACGUACAUCCAGGACAAGAUGGAUUGGUCCGGGUAGCAACGAUUAAAAUGAAUGGACAUAUCACAAAGCGACCAGUAGUGAAACUGUGUCCUUUGCCAAUAAACGACGAAUACCCACGAGAAGCCAUUAAACCUGUACAAGAGGCAGAUAAUGACGAGCACCACGAACCACCUCCUUCGAAGCGAAGACGUGGAAUAACCAACCACUCUAUUACGCCCUCAUGGACAUUAAUGUUAGCGACUAUAAUAUCACUCUGCGUAUCACACGUAACGGCUAUCGUGAGCGUGAAAAAGUCGAGUGGAGGUUUCUACCUAGAAGAGUUAGGAAAUGCGGUCAUAAAUAGGGGAACAUUUCAAUUUAACAUCCAUGUACCUUGGAGUGAAAUUCACACAGACAACAUAAGAAUUCAUGACGUAAUUCAAAACAUGACGAGGUUGUGUGAAUAUACAUCGAGCAAGAUCAAUUCAGUUUCUGAGAUCACGACAAAGGAGAGGUAUACUGGGAAAAAUACUCACGCUGUCUUUGGAGUGAACGAUCAAGUGUAUCAGGAGAUAGAUGAUCUCUCGUCGAACCAAGUCAACCUAUUGAACACAGUAAAACAUCAAGGAAAGGUCAUGCUAAAAGCAACUCAAAUGUUAAAUGACACUAAUAACCGAAUCACCACCCAACUUCAGCAUUUCAACAUACAUCUAAAUGAGUGCAUACAGCGAAUCAAUGAGUUCAAAAAAUGGUAUGUUGCGGUCGACAAGAAUAAAAUCCAUGUUCAUUUCCUGAACACAUACCAACAGGCUUUGAAUUUUUUGAAUGAAGCACUGGCUAAAUACGAUUGCUUGUGGCGAAUUGUAUCAAACCAAGCGUCCAUUUGGGAAUGUUCGCACAUAACUGAAGUAGUUACAACAUUGAACCACACUAUGAGGCUGCUACCACCAUCGCUACAAAUUAAUCAUCAACCCAACGCAGCAACCCAGACCAGUUACGACCAGCAAAAAAUCACGAUACAAGGAUAUUUGCCAAUAUUUGACGUACAUCACUAUGAUCUUAUACAAGCAUCUGCAAUUCCACAACGACUCAACAACAAUCUGUUUGUUAUACCUGAAAUUCAUGAAGGUAUCCUCGGACUAAAUUAUGACGAGCAAUUGUACUUUGAAAUCAGCCGGGAAGAACUUGACAAUAGUUUCGCAUUAAAUACGACAAGUUAUAUGAUUCAAUUACGGGCACUUUACAAUAUACAAAUGCAUCCGAAUUGCCUCAUCACUCAAGUGUACAAUAGCUACGAAGGAAAAAAUUGUUCCACGCAACACUUUCAAAUGCACUCUAUAAUUUUGAAAAAAUUGUACACCCCGAACACCUGGAUAUAUGCAACACCAUCACCGACGGUUGCGUACGCUCUGUGUAACGGACAAAGAAGCGAAAUCGUCCUCAAAGAGGAAGGGAUCAUCCAAUUGACUUCAGAUUGUUCCCUAACAACGAAAGAGAUAAUCCUUCUUUCCGAACAAAGAGACUUAUCAACAAAUCUGAAGGUAUAUUUUAAGCCUUUUGCGGCCAACAUCAACUCAUCAGUGGCGAUCGAAACAGUGCCGAUACUCAAUGGAUCAACUCUCCUUGAAGCAACAGGGUCAUUCUCCACGAUAGUGCAAGAAGCAUAUAAAAACCAGGAGUUAAGCAAGAACAUGGCAUGGAAGAAAUUGCAUUCUCACGCAUUCAAUUUUCCAAUAAACCUAAUUAUCGUCAUUGGUUUAACCAGUAUCUUUAUCCUAAUACUCAUAAGAAAGAACAUCCAGUCAUUCUGUAAGACGCAGCAAUCAUCUCAAACCCAAGAACCAAAUUGGUACGAUCCCACACCAGCAGCCAACAAUGAAACAAGUAUCUAA